UUGUUAGCUAUUAGAGAGAGAGAGAGAUAGGGUAUCAGCAGCAAUGUGAGAGAAAGUGUAGAUAUGAUAAAAGGGUGUCUUUCUCUCUCAAAUUGAAGGAGGUUGUUAUUUGGAUAGAUAUAUGUCUGAAUUGGUGGCCCGCACUGGUCGUCAUCACCAGCGCUACCACGCCGGUUUCCGCCUCAUCGCCAGGAUGCUAACCUGCCUCUUAAGGUUAAAGUGUUUUUUUGGACGCUCACACAAGAAGCUCAAUACCAAUGAUUUUUUCAAAGGAGGAGACCGAGUUGCUAGUUGUUAUUACAAUGGUGUGCUAUGUGUAAAAAGGCAGAGGAAGCUUGGGACCUUUGGAGGUGUGUGGUGUGUGCUGUUCUUUGGGUUGUUUGGACUGAAAGAAAUGCCCAAAUCUUUGAAGAUAAGGCUCUAGACAUCGAAAGUCUGUGGGAGAAGAUUUGUUUUUUGGCUUCUAUUUGGGUUUUGAUGGUCCCUUUGUUCAAAGGGUUACCAAUUUUGUUAAUCUCUACGGAAUAGAAAGUUGUUUGUGACUUGUGAGGUUUUUCCUUUUUCCCUGAAUUUCUUUGUUCUGAUCUUCUUCUUGCCUCUUGGUGGACUUCUUGUUCCCACUUCUUGUACAAAAAUAUAAAAUAAAUAUAUUUGCAUUUUGUUGCUGAUAAAAAUAUAAAAUAAAUAAGUAACGAGUUAAAUUUCUUUUUUAACACAACGAAAAGGACAAUAUGUUGCAGGGUUGAAUCAAAAAUAUUUGUUGCUUUCUUGAUGUUUCCUCAUAUCUUUGCUAAAAUCUUCUUAUAGAGGUUGACUUCCUUGCAUCUCUCAUGGUACAAUCCUUUUCCCGUAGAGCCACCUUUCUCCUUGGUCCACAGAGACAAAAUGUGGGAUUGAUGCCGACGAUUAAAUUUUUAUUGUUAGAGAAAAACAAUAUUCUCUAACUUCUUGAUCCUCUUAUAGAUUUAUCAUUUGCUAAUCUCCUAGCUUAGUGUUAGAUGGAGAUAGGCAUCUUAAAUGAAUGACUCAAUAAAUGAAAGUGGAAGAAAUGGAAUUUAACCCCUUUCUUUUAUUUUCUUUUAUAGUGGACAAAACACUGGUGGAAGGAAUCUAUCUUUUGUGCUAUUUGUAUGGUAUGGUGAUAUGUGAUUUGAUUGGAAUUUUGA